AGACCUUAGAUUUACAUGUUUGAAAUGUUUUUCUUAAAAAUUAUUUAUGGUCGCUAAUAUUCCCUAAGCCACAAGGAAAAUUCAAGAACCGCCGCCGUCCAGAAGAUUCUUGGUGAACAGCAAGAAGCACCUCUUUGCGAAAAAGCAGGAGCACCUCUUUGCGAAACCCUAGUUCUCUGAUCCGAAGCUUGGUUUGUGCGUGUGAGAGGGGAGAUAGAAGACAGAGAUGUCGUCGUUCAAAGAAGCACCGCCAGGAAAUCCUGCAGUUGGAGAGAAGAUCUUCAAGACCAAGUGCGCCCAGUGCCACACCGUCGAGAAAGGAGCCGGCCAUAAGCAAGGACCUAAUUUAAAUGGCCUUUUUGGACGACAAUCUGGUACAACUGCUGGGUACUCCUAUUCAGCUGCUAACAAGAACAUGGCUGUUAUUUGGGAGGAGAACGCAUUGUUUGAUUACCUGCAUAACCCUAAGAAGUAUAUACCGGGAACAAAGAUGGUUUUCCCUGGAUUGAAGAAGCCGCAGGAGCGUGCAGAUCUCAUUGCUUUUCUUAAACAGUCAACUGCUUGAGGUUUUUUCGAUUGAUAGCUUGCUCUUGUCGUAUUUCCCACAAAAAAAAUGAAUUGUGGUGCUAAUUAGAGUUCUUUUUCCUUUCGGAGGACUCAUUAUUAUUCCUCUUUAAAUAAGACCUCCAACACCUUGUGGAAAUGUAGGUCAAAUAGUGCAGCAAUUUUUUGAAUGUAAUGACCGGGUGCGGUUGGUUCCAACAUUUUUCAUGAUCAGACAACUAGUUUUGGUUGAUGGAAUGAUUUUUUUUAUUGGGGUUCCCAAUAUGAUGAAAAUAUUUCUGGGCGUCUUGUUC